CAGUGAACAAGAUGGGGAACGCCGUAAGGCGGUACUUAAAUUCGGAUUUCCUUAUAUUUGUCAGAACCGGUGACCGUAAGCAUGCUUCAACUGACGCCAACGUCAAAAUCAUUUUGAUCAACGAGGACGGAGUGAAAUCUUACGAGAUCGUCUUGGAUAACAUUCUACGAGAUGAUUUCAAAAAAGGUGCCAGUGAUACGUUCUCCGUGAGAAACCUGCGAGAUUUCGGUCGAGUGGAAAAAAUCGAAUUCUGGCGAGACAAUGCCGGAGUCUCUCCAGAUUGGUACGUGGAAAAAAUCAUGGUGGAAAAUGUUAAAACCAAUGAGAUGAGUGUCUUCCCCGUGUUUCGGUGGAUCAAAGCUAAUUAUCAUUACAAAAUUCGUCAUCUGGAUACAGUUUUGCCCCAAGACGAUGAACAAGUCGAGCAACGGAAGAUGGAAUUGGAAGAUAAACGGAAAAUCUACAUUGCCAGUCAGAAAGGACCUGGGUUACCAAUGAUGGCAGAAAAUUUACCAACAGAUGAACAAUUCUCAUUUGAAUAUAAGUGGAGUAUUGUCCGACGCAAGGCUCAGCUGAUCGCCACAAGUAAACUGGUCAAAUUAAAGGAGGCCGGAGAAUGGGCGAGUUUUGUCGACCUCUUUAAAGUCUACACCAGACAUGUUUUCUGUAAACCGAUGAGUGUUCAGAGCUGGAGGAAUGAUUUGAACUUCGGUCUCCAGCGAAUCACGGGCUGUAAUCCCAGCUUCAUAAAGUUGUGUACGGAAAUUCCAGAAAAUAUGGGUGUCGACGAAGAAAUGUUGAAGCCUCAACUGGAAGACAAAACUCUGGAAGAGGUAAUCGAGGAGAAAAGACUGUUUUACACCGACCACAAAAUUAUGGAUGGACUGAAGCACCGAGAAGAUUUCAAUAUUUGUGCCCCGAUAGCCCUGUUUCUACUGAACAACAAAGGACAUUUAAUACCUAUUGCAAUACAACUGCAACAACAGAAAGGCCCGGAUAACCCGGUAUUUACUCCCACUGACCCACCGGGUACGUGGACGAGGGCGAAGAUGUGGUACAACAACGCUGAUGCCGCUAUACACCAGUCGCUAACUCAUCUGGCCUUCACUCAUCUGUUAAUGGAAGGAAUAGUGAUCGCCACACAAAGGAAUAUCUCUCUGUCACAUCCGGUGUUCAAGUUGCUCGCACCCCACACCCUCUACUUGUUGGCCAUUAAUGCUCGUGGUCUCAUGUUGCUUAUAUCAGAAGGAGGCUGGGUUGAUACCACCAUGAAUAUUGGAAUCGUUGGGAUGUUUGAACUCAUCAGUCGGGGAGUAAAAGAGUGGCGAAUUGAUGUCGAUGGUUGCUUCCCAGAGUACUUCAAACAGCAAGGAACUUUGCUUAGAGAUAUUGAUUAUUUCUUUUCGUUUUGUUCCGUUUUCUCACACUUCAAUUCAAACCCCGAAGAAACCCCAGAGAAAUUAACCGGAGAUUGGGAAAUCCAGAAUUGGGCUGAAGAAUUGGCAAGGAGCAAGGAGGAAGGUGGCAUCGGAAUUAAGGGAAUUCCGAUGGAAGACGGCAAAGGUUGCAUAAAUACGGUCAAAGACCUCGUUCUAAUCUUGACAUCCAUAGUAUUCACAUGUAGUGUAGGCCACGCCUCGUCGAACUUCCCUCAGUACGAUGAGUACGGCUUUCCCGCCAAUUAUCCGGCCUAUUUGAAGGGGCCGGUCCCCACAGACAAGAGUCCCUGUACAGAAGAAGACAUAUUGAAGUUGUUGCCUGACAAAAGAACAACUUUGGACAUUAUGACUGUUACCAAAAUUCUCAGCUCGAAAGGAACCAAUUCUUUGGGAGACUUCGAAAUACAGUAUAUAUUUGAUCCGAAAGCUAUACCAAUAGUGAACAAGUUUCGGAGCGACUUAAAACACAUCGGAGUGAUCAUUCGAGAACGAAACAGCACCAGGAACCCACCUUACACAUACCUCGAUCCGAUUUACAUUCCAAACUCGAUCAGCAUUUAGAACAUGAACUAAAUCGAUAAUCCAAUAAAUAAUUUCCUUAUCAUCGAAACAAAGCAACAAGUAAAUGAAUAAAUAAAUAAAGCUAGAACGAACAAACAAAACAAAAGAGUUCAAGAUAAACAGAUAAAAAGUUUACAGAAAUAUUUACAUAAUUCACUUAAUCUCUUUAAUAUGACCGUAGGAAAAAAUACGAAAUAAACAAAAUCGCUAAUGAGAUCAGAAUAACAAAACAUGACUUAAGUUGUCUCCCAUACGCAUUGAAUGAAAAAGAUGGAAAAAAAAAUUAAAAAGACGUUGAUCAAUGCUGUAUUUUACUCUCCUUUUCUGUCCUGCAUAAUUAUUUCUAGUUGGCUUCUCUAAAUGCGCCCUGCAUUAAAUAUGUUAACACUGACUGACAUAAAGUAAAAAAAAAAAAAAAAAAAAAAAAAAAAGACAGGAAUUGGCAAACUUGCAAGCUCUUGAAGAAAACAUGAUUCUAAGAUGCAACUUCAUCUCCCCACUCAACCUUGAUCCUCCCCCGGGAAAGGGUACAAACGUUAAAGCUUUCUAUUUUUUGUUCUUUGAAAAUAUAUACGGUUGUUGUUGACUUGUAAAUGUAAAAACCAAAAUGAAAAAAAAAAUAAUAACAAGAUAACCCCCAAAAAACAAA